AUGGCUUCCGCCGAGGUCGAUCUCCCGCGUCGGGACCGCGAUCGCAGCGACAAGCGUGAUGGCGAUUCAUAUCGUCCUGCGAGAGACCAGCGAUCAGCCUCUCCCAGGCAAAAACGAGAAGCUGCGCCUGUGCGAACCGAAGAGGAGAAACAAGCGGCUGCAAAGGCAGAGUACGAGAAGCUUCUCACAAUGCGAUCCGGCGGUACAUAUAUUCCACCCGCUCGACUGCGCGCGCUCCAGGCCCAGAUCACGGAUAAGACGAGCAAGGAGUAUCAGCGCAUGGCAUGGGAGGCGCUCAAGAAGAGUAUCAAUGGUCUGAUCAACAAGGUCAACACUGCGAACAUCAAGUUCAUCGUUCCCGAGCUUUUUGGAGAGAAUCUUAUCCGAGGCCGCGGUUUGUUUUGUCGAUCCAUCAUGAAGGCCCAGGCCGCCAGUCUACCGUUCACACCGAUUUAUGCCGCCAUGGCUGCUAUCGUCAACACCAAGCUACCCCAGGUCGGCGAGCUCUUGAUCCGUCGUUUGGUUAUGCAGUUCCGAAAGGGAUUCAAGCGAAACGACAAGGCUGUCUGCCUUUCCUCGACUACCUUCCUGGCGCAUCUUAUCAACCAGCAGGUUCAACAUGAAAUGCUCGCCGGUCAGAUUCUUCUUCUCCUGCUUCAUAAGCCGACUGAUGACAGUGUUGAGAUUGCGGUCGGUUUCUGUCGAGAGGUUGGACAAUACCUAGAGGAGAUGCAGCCGUCUAUUGCCAUGGCUGUAUUUGACCAAUUUCGAAACAUUCUGCACGAAGCCGAUAUCGACAAGCGAACACAGUACAUGAUCGAAGUGUUGUUCCAGGUGCGCAAGGACAAAUUCAAGGAUAACCCAGCUGUCAAGGAGGAGUUGGACUUGGUGGAAGAGGAGGAUCAAAUCACACAUCGAAUCGAGCUGGAGGGCGAAAUUGAUGUGCAAGAUGGACUCAACAUUUUCAAAUUCGACCAGGAGUGGGAGGAGCACGAAGAGGCGUACAAGAAGCUGAAGGCUGAGAUCCUAGGCGAAGGUAGCGACGAAGAGGAUGACGACGAUGAAUACGAGAGUUCCUCCGAAGACGAGGAGGAUGAGAAGACGAAAGCCAUGGAGAUCAAGGACCAGUCCAAUGCCGAUCUGGUCAAUCUACGAAGGACUAUCUACCUCACCAUCAUGUCUAGUGCUGAUCCCGAGGAAGCUGUUCACAAGCUCAUGAGGAUCAACCUCCCUGCCGGCCAGGAACCUGAACUUCCCUCCAUGAUCGUGGAGUGCUGCUCACAAGAAAAGACGUACACCAAGUUCUUUGGCAUGAUUGGUGAGCGCUUCGCCAAGAUCAACCGACUGUGGUGCGACCUGUUUGAGCAGGCUUUUGCCAAGUACUACGACACUAUCCAUCGAUACGAGAACAACAAAUUGCGCAAUAUUGCGAUGCUGUUUGGUCACAUGUUUGCUUCAGAUGCCCUGGGCUGGCACUGUCUAUCCGUCAUUCACUUGAACGAGGACGAGACCACAUCUAGUAGCCGUAUCUUUAUCAAGAUCCUGUUUCAGUUCAUCGCAGAGGAAACCGGCAUGCCCAAGCUGAGGGCACGUAUGACAGACGAAACCCUGCGCCCCAACCUGGAAGGCCUCUUCCCCAAGGACAACCCUCGCAAUAUCAGAUUCUCCAUCAACUACUUUACAAGUAUUGGUAUGGGUGCUCUCACAGAAGAGAUGCGAACCUACCUACAGAACAUGCCCAAACCUGCUUUACCUGCACCCCCUGCGGCUGAUUCAGACUCUGAUUCAGUUUCAAGCUACUCGUCGUACACAGGCUCUUCUUACUCGCGAUCUCGAUCUAGAUCGCGAACACCACGUAAGGUCGCUGAUCGAGGAAGAUCUCUUUCUCGGUCUCCUGAUCGAAGAAGCCGGGGACGUUCAUACAGUUCGUCGCGAUCAAGGUCAUACUCGAGAUCUGUGUCUGCACGAGGAAGGGGACGCAGCGAGUCUCGCUCCGCCAGCCCUCCCCGACGAGGACGUCGUUACGAUAGUGAGAGCCGCUCACGAUCCCCUGCCCCACGAAACGGCAAGGGUCGGGCUCGCAGCGCCUCAUACUCAUCUCGAAGCCUUUCCCGCACGCCUCCACGUCAAGCACGUGGGCGCAAGGACUCCUUUGCUUCGGAAGGACGGUCGCCGCUCCCUCCAGCUCGAGAUGGGCGAAGCCGCUCAUAUGAUUCCCAGAGCCGAUCUCCUUCUCCUGUGAGAAAACGGGAGAGGUCAUACUCUGGCAGCCCACCUCGACGAGGCCGACCGCGCGGAAAUGCCGGCCCAGCCUCACAUCGGCGCAACAGCUCUUCCGUCAGUGAUGGACCGCGAGAUGCUGGCAAGCAAUACAGUCGCUCUCCUUCGUACGAUUCGCGAUCCCCGCCUCCAAGAAGAGCCAGGCCAGACAGCGUAUCGCCCCCACCUGCGCGCAAUGGUCGCCAAGCCUCUUACUCGCGAUCGCCUAGCCCCCCGCGCCGUGGAGCUAAGAAAUCUUUGAGCCCUGUUCCUCCAAAGAGGAGACGUUAUAGCGAUAGUGUUUCUCGAUCACCGCCACCGAUGAAGCGAGGACGAAGGGGAAGUUGA